AAAUAACCACUGAAUGUGAAUGAGCAGCAGUUCCUCCAACCAGCUCCGGCCAUAAUAAAAACAUUUUUCCCUCCAUGGCACCAGUAGCCUUGGUGCUGCUUCCAUUCACUGGCCGAGGAGGAACGUUUGAAGCACAUGGAGGUAGGACUUGGCUGCGGGGACAUAAAUCAGGGUCAGGCUCUGCAGGCUCAAGUGAAAUGUAAAACAGGAGACAGGAGGCAGGCAGCAGCAGGUGAAGCGUGAACCCACAGUCGGGCUGUGAUAACGCCCGGCCAGCGGGAAGCCAUCAGCCGCUUCUCUCACUUGGCCGCUAUUAAGUCAACGCUCACAUUUCCAGCGGGCACAGAGCAGAGCUGCACUUCUCACUUUCACUUCAUGGCUCAGCGCUCCGCUCAUCCUGUCGUCCCCAUCGCGCUGCUGGUGUUUGGACUUGUUGCGAUCCUGCUCCUGACGAUCCCCACGGAAGACGUCCGGGAGGCACCGGGGUUCAUGUAUGGCAUUGUCUUGGAUGCUGGAUCUUCGCACACAGCUUUGUAUAUAUACAAGUGGCCAGCAGACAAACAAAAUGGCACAGGCGUGGUCACCCAGCACAAGGAAUGUCAUGUUAAGGGUGGAGGAAUAUCCAGCUAUGCGGGCCAACAGGGAAAAGCAGGGCAAAGCUUAGAGGCAUGUUUGGACCAGGCAGUGAAGGACAUCCCCAAAGAAAGACACCAGCUCACACCUGUGUACCUGGGAGCCACAGCUGGCAUGAGGCUUCUGCAUAUCUCCAGCCCGGAGCAGUCAAAUCAGAUUCUGCAGGAAGUGGACCACAAAAUCCGGUCUUACCCUUUCAGCUUCCGGGGGGCGGCCAUACUGAGCGGUCAAGAGGAGGGGGCGUAUGGCUGGGUCACCGUCAACUAUCUCUUAGAGAACUUCAUAAAGUAUGGUUUCGUAGGGCACUGGUUACGCCCCGGCAGGCCCACAGUAGGAGCGCUUGAUUUCGGCGGGGCGUCCACCCAGAUAACAUUUGCGACCCAGGAGGAAGUAGAGGACGAACACGACAUGAUGAAGCUGCAUCUUUAUGGCCAUCGGUACUCCCUGUACACACACAGCUACCUGUGCUACGGGCAGGACCAGGUCCUCAAGAGACUGCUGGCUCAUAUAGUGAAGACUCAGGAUUACUCUGGUUCAGUAACUCACCCCUGCUACCCUGCAGGCCACAAUAAAACCUUAAAGUUGAACAGUAUAUUCAACUCUCCGUGUACAGAAAAGUAUAAACCCAGCUCCUACAACUCCCAGGCCUCUCUGACAGUACUAGGCAGCGGACAUUAUGAACACUGUCGGGGCAACGUGUCCGAGAUCUUCUCCUUCAUCAGCUGCCCCUACUCCCAGUGCUCCUUUGAUCAAGUCUUCCAGCCAAAUGUCACCGGUAGCUUCGUGGCGUUCUCUGCAUUCUUCUACAUUCACUCCUUCCUGCAGCGUGUCACCGGCAUCACUGUGAGCUCCCCUUCCCAACUGGAGGAGGCAGCCAAAACUGUGUGCACGAUGAAUUUCCACCAAAUGCUGACUCUUGCUCCCGAGCAGCAGUCUCGUUUGCAGGACUACUGUGCUUCCUCUGUGUUUGUUAAUAUUCUCAUGUUGAGAGGAUACAGCUUUGAUGAGACGUCGUUCCCACGCAUUUCCUUCCAGAAGAAGGCGGGGGACGCCUCAGUGGGUUGGGCUCUUGGCUACAUGCUCAGUUUGAGCAACUUGCUGCCGGCAGAGAGCGCAGGGCUGAGGAAGGCCCUCACCCCGGGAGCGUGGGGAACACUCAUCUUUCUCUUUGUCCUCCUGCUGGCAGCAGUCCUGGUCUUCAUCUUACUGCGAGCUUGUGUUGGGAAGAAUAAAGGAGGCAGCGAAAGCACCAUCUAGAUACUGCAACAACAUACAGUGCAGUCUGACAACAGAAAGACAGUGAUACGUUUUUGUUUGUGUUGGCCCUGUAUUCCAGCAUAUUGGACCUGAAUAUGAGCUUUACUGUAUUGAAGGGCGUUCACAUUAUAAUAGGUGAACAGUGUAGGAACUGUUUCUCUUUUUAUACAAAGUCCCCCAAUUUUAAGUUAAUGCAGCAGACCAAUGAUCCUAAACAUAGAGACUGCACUGUAUAUGCACUGACUGCAAAGGAUCUGACUACAAUUACAUACCUGUAAUGACUUUAUGUGCACGUAUACUAACUUGUCCAGUUACUCUAUGUCCCCUAAAAUUAUAGGACUGUGUAUAAAAAUCACUACAACUCCUUCACUGUUCAUCUGAUUGGACUUUUUUGUUGUUUUUUUUUAAAAUCCAAAUCUGAAAUUUAGUACACGACCAACACAAUGAAAACGUGCCACUGACCAAAUCUUGUCAUAAACAGUAGUCCUGUGGUAGCAUUGGCACUACACGGGAGGUCUGAAUGUAAUUUUUAUUGUUGAAAAAUUCAAACCAAUUUUUGGUUGUAUGGAAUGUCAUACAUUUUUGUAGAAGAUGUGACUGUAUUAGGAAGCCCUGUUACAGUAAAAUGUAGACUAUACACUGUGAAGAUAACUACCAGUUUUAUAUGUAAAUAAUCACUAUUUUACUUUUUUUUUGUAUUCAAAGAGGUUUUUCAGGUGGGAGUUUUUAUUCACAUUUUAGUCUAGAUUAAUUAAUUAAUGUUAAAUAAUUAAUCAUGUACAGGUUUGAAUGAACAACAGGUGUUUGCGUAUUAUAAACAUCUGUUAACAAUCAGCUGUCUCUGAGAACCUUAAAGCUAAGCAGAAAAAAAAAUGACUGACCAUUAGUCGUAGUGAAAGUUGGUGUAGGUUACUGUGCGUCGCUUUCAACCCAUUCAGCCAAUAUUCAACGGAACAAGUGUGACAACAGAUUAAAGAUAGAGUAUAGAUUCAAUUAAUGUUAUACCUUACCAACAUUUUCAGUAGAAUUAGCCACAUUAGAUGCUUUGUUAAUAUUAAGUCAUUGUGAAUUUUGAAUUAUAAUGACAUUACAUUUCUCUCUGUGUGGUCAUUUUAUGUUUUACCUCAGAUAAAAAUAAAUAAAUGUCUUAUUUUGAUUGUUUCCUUUCUACAA